AUGUGGGGAGCUGCUUUGCAGAAGACGACAUACGGGGCCGGACGGUAUUGGGGAGACGCUGGAAUUCUGGAGCAGACCAGUGACUCCGAAGAUGAGGACCAGGAGGGGCUGGAGGAUGAGAGCAUCAGCGCUUACCUCAUGGAAGGAUACCUGGAAGAGGGCCGGCGUAGACUCGGUCAGCAUCUGACGGAUGCGCAGCUCUUGGAGGAAGCAGCCUUUUCUCGAUGUCCUCCGCCCCCGUCGCCGACCAGCGAAGACACUUUCGUCCAGCGGCGAUGGGAGGCGAAGCGGACCGCAAAGGAAGUUCUUCAAAUGACCGGCAAGCACUUGGGCCAGUUCGAUCCUGUAAAUGCCAUUAUGGCCUUGCACCGAGUCGGUCGCAGCAGGGACCGUGGGGAGGUGCAAGCAGAAACGAGUUUGCGGGUGACGUUGCGCCUUAUCUGGAACGCAUUGGUGGACAAGGUAACCAGCAUCGUGCAUGAGGAGGGAUCGCAGCUGGAAGCAAAGGAGCUGGCAAAAACCUGCUGGGCUCUGGCCAAGCUGAGUAUGAACUCGGCUCCUGUCAUGGAAGUCGUCACCGAUCAGCUGUCGCAGAGGGCUGCCGAGUUGGAUGGCCAUGGGUUGUCCAACGCCGUUUGGGGCUUCGCCACCAUUCGCCUGGGUGACCAACGACUUGUCCAGGCCGUAGCUGGGGAAGCACUCCUGCGAGUAUCGGAGUUCGGCACGCAGGGACUUUCGAACUGCGCCUGGGCAUUGGCAAAGCUAUCCUACCACUCGCCGCAGCUUUUCUUGCUCUUCGCGGAGCGAGCGCUGCACAGCGUCGCGGAUUUUGAUCCGCAGGGCCUCGCGAACAUGACCUGGGCUUUUGCAACCCUGGCCUUGCAGCAUGCGAAGUUCACCGACGUCAUCGCCCGGGAGCUGCUCCUGGGCAUCUCCCGGUGGUCCUCCCAGCACAUUGGCAAUACCACCUGGUCCUUCGCCAAGCUCCGCGUUUAUGCUCCGGAGGUUUACUUUGCCAUCUCCACAGAGGUACUUCAAACUCUGCCGUCCUGGAAUGCGCAGGGUCUUUCCAACGUGGUUUGGGCGUUUGCUAAGCUGGAGAUACACGACCGGCCGUUCUUCGGCGCCCUCGCGGUCGACAUAGCUGCGAAGGUGCACCGCUUCCAGCAGCAGAAUUUGGUGAACGUGCUCUGGGCUUAUGCGAAAGUUCACCAAGAAGAAGCAGAUCUCUUUGCAGCUGCUGCUGCCAGUGUUUGUCUCCAGGCGGCCACUUUCAAUCCACAGCACUGCUCCAACACGCUUUGGGCUUUUGCAUGCCUGUCGCUCUAUGCCGAACCUGCAUUGCAGGCCGUCUCGCGGAGGAUUCAGAGAGACAUUAGGAGCUCCGAGGCUCAGGAUAUUGCCAACGUCCUUUGGGCCUGCGCCAAGCUGAGCUACAAGGACCCUGGCCUGCUGGAAGCCUUGCUGCCUGAAGCGAGAAAGAAGGCAGGCACCUUCCAACCACAGAAUCUGUCGAUCUCCGCCUUCUCUCUGGCCCAGCUCCGUGUCAGCGACCGGUCCACUCUGAGCCGGUUAUUGGAGAGCUCUGCUAUGCGCGUAG